UCCCGAAUCAUUAGACGUUCGUUAUACCAAAGAUGUUGCUGGUCAAGACCUUGGAGUAUUUAUUUUAUUUAGCCCUGUUCGCUUUCAUGUGCAAAUAUGGACAAGCAGCAAACGUCCCGACAACUGAGCCAUCACCUGUACAGGUGGAGACGCUAAAGCAGCCACAAAAAAUGGAUCCCUCAAUGAAUGAGUGUGAGAUCUCACCAUUUAGCUGGAUGUGCCUUAAAAUAGAGAUUGUCAAGAUAAUGGAAAAGUUAGCUGAGCAACAGGAACUAAAUGUUUUGCCUGGUGUCAGUGUCGUUAAAGAUGAGAAUGCCACGGAACUGAAGACAUCAGAGCUGAUGGCUGAAGUGGCUCGAAGCUAUCCCAGUGAUCCCAAUACACGCCUAAAUGGUUAUAUACUCGCCAAAAUGGAGAAUCUUUUAAAGACACGCUAUCUUCGCUUUCGUCUGCUUGAUGACAAAUCCCUGGUAGAGGGCCGCAAGCAUAAGUUUGGCAAAAAAGGAGGACUGGAGGCCCUUCUGGCAGCUGGCGUUAUGAUGAAGGGCAUGCUAAUGGCAAUGGGCUUUGGAGCCAUUGCCCUAAUGGCCGGCAAGGCUUUGAUGACCGCUCUAAUGGCGCUAACACUUUCUGGUGUAUUGGGCCUGAAGAGUUUGGCUAGCGGCGGUGGCAAAUCGACCACUUAUGAGAUAGUGGCCAAGCCCAUCUAUACCUCCAGCCAUUCCCACUCGGUAAGCCAUGAAGAUGGACACGCACACAGUGCUCAUUUUGGAGCUGGCGGUGGUGGUGGUAGUGCCAGUGGAUAUGGUUAUGGCGGGUAUGCCCGUUCCUUAAACCUUCAGCAGCCUAGCCAAAUGCAAAAAUUGUAGUUUAUAUUUUAUCAUA